UGUUCUAAGCCGCCCCGAGGACAUUCAGGUGGUCUUCCGUGACUCUAACAUGCAUCUCAAGGGUGUCAACAUGAACUCUGGGUGGGUAGUCGGGGAGCUUCUCGGAAAAUGCCUUGGUUACAUGCGGAAUGUUGAAAAUGAGAAGGGUCAAGGAAGCGGCAUGAUACUUGAACCUGCGGAAAAUUUGAUGUUCCUCCCGUUUUGGAUCCUCGGAGAUAUCCUGUACGGUCGGCUAGAUGAACAGAUGGAGAGAUAUCUGGACAAACUGCAAAAGCUUCGCCAUGAGCUUUGGAAAGAUGGUCUCGCUGGUGGAUUGGCUCGGUAUUCAAUCGGGCGUCUCAUCCCAGGAGCAAGGCUCAAAACUCUCAAUACAUUCAAAGCUCUGUGGAAUGACUUCAAUGACCAAGCAUAUGAGCGAGCGAUGAAAUUGGGAAUGCCUGAUGCACCACCCAUUGUGAAGAUGUACAGGCAAAUUCAGACUGGCCAGAUAUCCAAGCUUGAAUUCCUCCACACGAUGGAUGAGACAUUGUUUGCUAACUUGGAUGUUACGGUCGGCAAUCUCUCCUGGAAUCCUGUGUUUCUGGCGGCAUACCCAAGCGUCCAGGAGGAGAUCCGCCAAGAGGAAAGGCGUGUGCGUGAGAACCUGGAUGAUGAUGAGUGGAAAGCGUACCUUUCAGGGACUUCCACCAUGCUAAUGGCAUCCAUACUCGAGACUGCUCGACUGAAACCAAUGGCCUCCUUUUCAAUACCCCAAGCUACUCCAACGCAGCGCAUUGUGGGGGACUACAUUAUCCCUGAGGGUACCCAGUUUGUGGUAGAUUCUCAUGGCCUCAAUAUUGGCGAUGCAAACCGGGGUGCAGGUCGAGCGAAGUAUCACCCCCGGCGUUUCCUGAACCAAAAUGCAGUUUCCCGGCGUUAUAAAUUCUGGCGAUAUGGAUUUGGGCCUCGUCAACGCACGAGCUGGCCUGGUAUCAGGAUCACAAUGCAGACCCCAUCUUCGACAGAGGAUGCCUUAUUACUGCCUUCCCCGGAUUUUGAGGCCAAUUCAGCGCGUAGUUCGGCAGGCCGUGUUACUGAGAAGAUACCUUGGGGAAAGGUGCAUGACUUCUGCCACAUCCAAAACAUUUCUCCUUCAAUAGUCUACCAUGCUGCCUGGGCUCUUGUACUAUCUCAAUACACUGCAUGCAAUAAUAUUCUAUUUGGUGUCGUGUUGGCGAAUAGACAUCUGCCGGUCGCUGGCAUACUGGAGACUGUUGGCCCUUUGAUGAAUAUGUUGCCCAUCUGUCUACACAUCGAUCGGGAACAAUAUGCAUCGGAAUUCCUCCAAUAUGUGUCCCACAACUUCAACAUGCUCUCUGAAUAUCAAUGGAGUAAGGCCGAGCAUGGGUUCAGCCGCAAUUUUUCGUCCGCCAUGGCCAUACAAUUCGACUACGAAUCGGAUAAUCCCAAAUCGCCAGACUCACUUUCCUCUCACACAAGAAUACAAUCAGGGGUUCCAGUAGCGAUCUUUGUUGGACCUAGAGACAGGGUGCAAUUCAACUACAGCAAGGAUCGAUUCUAUAAUAGAGAUAUACGCCACAUGUGUGACGCCUUCCUCUCCGUGAUCGGGGCACUUCUCAUUCCGAACCAGAAGCUAGAAUCCUUUUUCACUCAAUUGAUUGGCCCUUCAGUACGACAAACCCUCGCAGAAUUUGGAAACUGGGCAUCAGAGAAAACAAGGUCAUAUGGGAGUGAGACGCUGGUUAGUUUGUUCACAGAGAAAUGCCAAAGCGCACCGCAAAGUGUGGCUGUUAUCAAAGGGUCAUCAGAGAUGAGUUACUGCGAAAUAGACGAAUGCAGCAAAAAAGUGGCCCAAAAAUUAUUGAAAUGCAUUGCGCCAGGGGAUGUUGUUUGCGUGCAAGCUGAUCGUUCCACCAACUGGAUUGUGGCCGCGUUGGGGGUAGUCAAAGCCCAAGGUGUUUACUGUCCCAUGGAUCCCAAUUAUCCUCCUGCGCUUCGCGACUUGUUUUGUUCUACAGCAAAUGCUCGUGUAUUCUUGGCUACAGAUGAGGCCUCCAAAACCUCGAAACCGUCCUCUUGUCAGAUAUUCUACUCAGUGGACGAGAUGGUGGCCACACAGGUGCCGAAAAUUGGUUGGCACAGCAGUGUGAAUCCUAAAGCUAAUGCCUAUAUGUGCUUUACUAGUGGCUCCACUAGUUUUCCCAAAGGGGUUAUAUGCACCCACGGGGGGAUCGUGGGAUUUGAAAAAGAUUAUGUGGCCCGAAUGACGGUAGAGCCGGGUCGCAAGGUUGCCCAAGUGAUGUCUCCUGCGUUUGACGGCAGUGUUCACCAAAUCUUUUCUACUCUAUCAUAUGGUGGAACCUUGAUCUUGAACGAUUCGAAUGAUCUAUUUGAUAAUCUAAAGUGUCCAGAUGUCGCUCUAUUAACGCCUUCUCUCGCUCGUAUGUUGGAUUCAAUCAAUUACCAAAAUCUGCGCGCGAUCUGGCUAUUAGGGGAGCCUCUCGUACGAGAAAUCGCCGAUGAAUGGGCAUCUGUUAUUCCAACAUACAAUAUGUAUGGCCCGACUGAGACCAGUAUCGGAGCAGCCUACGCGCAGAUAUAUCCAGGAGAUCCAAUUAAAAUCGGAAAGCCAACUCGAUGCGUCCGAAUCUACAUCCUAGAUCCUCAUCGCAAUCUUAUCCUCCCAGGAAUGACUGGAGAUGUCUAUAUCGCUGGAAUCCAAGUAUCUUGUGGCUAUAUCGGGCGUCAAGAUGAGACUGGGGCCAGUUUCUUCACAGACAGUGUGUGCUCUGGACCAGGGCAGAAUAUGUACAAGACGGGAGACCGAGGAUACUGGACAACACGUGGAGAGGUUGCGCUUCUUGGGCGAGCAGACAGACAGAUUAAACUGCGUGGUUUUCGCUUGGAUCUCAACGACCUAGAAGUUCGCAUACUCCGGGGAUAUUCUUUAGCUACCGCAGUUGCACUUGCGCGUGUAGAUGAUACUCUUGUUGCGCUCGUUAAACCAGAAGACAUUAACAUUGAUGACUUUCGACUGAGGCUGCGGGAUGUGCUACCCUCAUACGCCAUCCCUGGCCCGAUAAGGGCUGUUUGUGUGUUUCCUAUGACGAAUAGAGGGAAGACAGACUACACGGCUAUUGCGGACAUGUUCACUUCUUGUUUAAACAAACGCAUCUGGCCUGUCGCCUCACCUCCCUUCGAAGAUAUUCGCAGCAAAAUCAUCGACAUUUGGCGUACGGUCUUGAAACUUGACAUUAAUCAACCCGUCAAUGAUACCGAUCAUUUUGUCCACAUGGGAGGGCACUCCAUUGAGCAGCUGGAAUUGGCAAACCGUUUGUCCACUGCCUUCUCGAAGAACAUUGGUACCCUCCAAGUCGUUAAUUUCCCCCAUCUCCGAGACCAGGUGGCAUUAUUUUCAUGUCAUACAGAAAAUGUCUCCGAUUACGGCACGAAGGACGCAGCUCAAAGUCUUUCCUCAUUGAGACACAGCAAUGCAUCUCCAAUUGAGGUAGAGUGGUGGCAGAAGUAUAAUUUUUGUAAAGGAUCAACCGCCUUUAACUUAGUUCGGAUUAUGAGUAGUUCAUGUCCCAAAGUCCGCUACGUCUCGGAUAUUGGUAUCCAAGAAACGAUCAAUGAUCAGUUUGAUCUCUCCAAAGAUGUUCCAAUCCGCGUCUAUCUCUCCCUGGAUCUGCUUAUCUUGGUUGCUUCUCACAUAAUCCUUGAUCUGACAUCUUUACAGAUAGUCCUACGAGAGGUAGAACUGCACGUCAAGGGGGGCCGCCUUCCACCAGUGACCAGACGAUAUGGUGAUAUCACACGCUGGAAUCAACCCGCUGCUUCAGAGGACGUCUAG